AUGGCAUCCGCCUCGGCUUCAAAGAGGGUCAUCUACUGGUUCAGGACCGAUCUCAGGCUACAUGGUGAGUUUGCAUCUCCUUCGACGCCGACGAUCGAUCGUUGGCCCAGCUCAGGUCGAUCGCGCUGCUAAUGAACUCGAUCGGCACGGCUGGCGGCAGACUCGCCCGCUUUGGUAGCUGCUCUGGCUCUCAAACCCGAGGUGUUGUACCCCGUAUGGACAUGGGAGUGAGUGAAGACAGCAGGCAAGGUUCUGGACGAGAGUACUCACCACCCUGACUUUCUACAACAGCCCACACUACGUCUACUCCCAGUCGGUCGGUGAGAAUCGAUGGCAAUUUCUGCACGUUUGCACAUCAGCCCCUGGGUGGCCAUCGAUUCGACCCAAAUUUGAUACUAAUUACGUAUCUAUAUCUUGCUCAGACUCGACUCGAUGAGGGACGUGUCCGAGAGCAUCACCAAGAUCAACAAGAAAUCUCAGCUCUUUGUUGUCCGAGGACCGCCAACGACCGUGCUACCGGCUCUAUUCAAGCAGUGGAAGAUCACCGACAUCGUUUGGUGGGUGCCCGUUGUAAAUUCAUCUGAUACUCCUCAUACUCCUUUUACUGACACGACGAGCUACUUUCGGCUUCCUCCAUGCGCAGGGAAAAGGAUGAUGACCCCUAUACGGGAUCUCGAGAUGCCACCGUGAAGGAACUCGCCACGCAGGCGGGCGUCAACGUCCACACCGUCCUCGGCCACACCCUCUGGGACCCUGAAGAGCUCAUCAAAGCCCAUGGAACCGCGACACACUUCCCUCGCACCUUGCAAGGGUUUCAAAAACUUCUCGCCUCGGCCACAACCCCUUCGAAACCGAUCGACGCACCAAAGAACCUUCCUGAUCCGGGGCCGACCGAUCUUAAUGAUUUAGAGAAGAACAAAAAGGCACACGACGUUUCGACUUGGCGCAAGGGCGACGUCAAUCAUGAAUCACGCAAAGGGCGUACGACGGAGGAAGAGCGUACGUACGAAACUCAAUUCGCUGGACCGAAAGGGGACUUUUCGGUGCCGACGAUGGAAGAACUGGGCAUGGAAGCAACGACGACGAUUCGUGGAGGUGAAACCAAUGCCUUGAAAACCUUCGAAGCGUUCAUGGAAGACGAAAUCACGGUUGCGAUGUUCGAAAAGCCCAAAACGUCCCCUGCGGCUUUCCAGCCACCGGCCACGACCCAGCUUAGUCCGCAUAUGAAGUUUGGGACGUUGAGCUGUCGGCUCUUCUGGUACCGCGUCAAGGAGAUUGAGGCCAAAUUCAAAGCCCAUGCAACGCCUCCUGAGAGCUUGAUAGGUCAGCUUCUUUGGCGCGAGGUGAGUAUGGAGCUGCAUAGGCUGUGCGCGAGGUUGCUAUCCCUCGUCACUGACCUGGCCAUCCUUCGCCCAGUUCUAUCACGCCAAUCAAGCCGCCACUCCGUACUUCAACCGAAUCCGUGGCAAUAAUGCUUCUCGCUACAUCACUUGGUCGCUACAAACACGAUACGACGACCAAGGCAAUGAACUGCCCGGAGCCGAGAUGGAGAAGAUCUGGAAAGAAGAAGAGCCCAAAGCUUUUGAGCAGUUUCAGGCUUGGAAAGAGGGCAGAACCGGUUUCCCGUGGAUUGUGAGUCAUGCUGCAGGUGAAGAAGUUGUCAUCAGCAAAAAACUUAUGCAGUCCUCCGGCUCGUAGGACGCAUUGAUGCGACAACUGCGACACGAGGGAUGGGUUCACCAUCUCGGACGCCACUCGCUCGCCUGUUUCCUCACGCGCGGCCAACUCUACAUCUCAUGGGAACGCGGUGCCGAAGUAUUUGAUCGCUACUUGAUAGAUUGGGACCCAGCACUCAACUCUGGGAACUGGAUGUGGUUAUCGGCUUCGGCGUUCUUCUCGCAAUACCUUCGUGUGUAUUCACCUGCGACCUAUGGCCAGAAGAGCGACAAGUCGGGGGCAUUGAUUCGGAAGUAUUGUCCCGAGCUGGAUGGAGUGAGCAACAAGUACAUUUACGAACCUUGGAACGCUAGUCCGGCGGAAUUGAAGAAGGCCAAGGUCGUGUUGGGCACAACAUAUCCUGAAGUGAGUUACCGUGGUGUAAUGUUGGAGAGUCUUCUCGUGCUGACCGAGAGCUUCUCUCCUUAAGCGAAUGGUCGACGACAAAGUCGCCAAAGCCAAAGCGCUUACGUUGAUCAAAGCCGCCUAUUCAGCCAAAUUACAAGGCGACGAUCCCAAAGUAUUGGACGGCACAGCAAACGCAUACGUCGAGACAUUUUUGCCCAAACAUGCCGAGGUCAAGGACGAGGAAACGGACGAGAAAGUCUCGAUCGGGACGAAGCGGAAAACCGCGCAGGUGAAGGGAGCGGAUGCCAAGAGGAAGGGAGCGGUGACUGCAAAGAAGGCCAAAACGAAGGGUGGGAAGGGUUUGGGGAAGGGGAAGGGGAAGAAUGCGAAGCAGACUACGCUCAAGUUUGAGGGGGUGGAGGAGGAGGAGAUGGCUUGA